UAACAUGGGGAGCGGCAGCCAAUCAGCGGCCAGCACACCCCCAGGCAGCGAGGAUUUAAAUCUUCCCGGACCGUGUGGCUGCCGCGUUUUCCUCUCUCUCUCUUCCUCCCCGGCCCUGCACGCCCUCCACGCCCACCAUGCCGCACAGGAUCUAUUACUCCGACAAGUACUACGAUGAGAAAUAUGAGUACAGACACGUGAUGCUGCCCAAGGACCUGUCCAAGCUGGUGCCCAAGACCCACCUCAUGACGGAGAGUGAGUGGCGGGGCCUCGGUGUGCAGCAGAGCCAGGGGUGGAUGCACUACAUGAUACACGAGCCAGAGCCGCACAUCCUGCUGUUUCGACGGCCCAUCACCACUCCACCGCCUAAGAUGGAUGAGGACAAGGAUGAUGAAUGAGGCUGCUCCUACACCUGCCCUAAUGUACAUCCUUGUCAUGGAGCUUCUUUUAACCUCCUUCGCCUUUCUUUCUCUCUUCUUAGUUCCCCCCAACACGGGAACCAUUCCAGGGUGCCUAGCACCCCCGCCUGACUCUAGAUCUGUACAUAUAGCCGUAAGAUAGGCUGACGGGCGGGACCGAGGCUGUCUGGGAGUGCUGAGGCAACAAAGUUUAUGUGGUGCUUUGGUCAUGAUUGUGUUCCCUUUCCUUCCACUGUAGGCUCAUUACACACGUAUAUCACAUACCAUUAUUAUUAUACUUCAUUGACUUUCCUUUGGUGAUUUUCUUUGUUUGUAAUGGAAAUAUAUUUUCUAAUAAAGAUCUUUUUUGGUCC